AUGUUCCGUGCAGUCGUUCCUCGCCGUGCCUGUCAGACGGCUUGGGCUCCGUCCCAACGAGCCGCCGCCGCUGCCGCUUACCCGGCCUUUGGGGCCUACAUUCUCCCAAGAUCAAGGAGAGGAUACGCUACAGAAUCAGGCGGCGGGGUGGCUGGCUACGUCGCUGCCAUCAAGGCCGGUCAGGAAGGUCUAAAGACUGUCUGUAUCGAGAAGCGUGGUACACUGGGCGGAACCUGCCUUAACGUCGGCUGUAUCCCAUCAAAGUCUCUCCUCAACAACUCCCAUCUCUACCACACCAUCAUGCACGACACAAAGAAGCGCGGUAUCGAAGUUGGCGAUGUCAAGCUCAACCUCGAGCAGAUGAUGAAGGCCAAGGAGACCUCCGUUGAUGGUCUCACCAAGGGAAUUGAGUUCCUCUUGAAGAAGAACAAGGUCGACUACCUUAAGGGUACCGGCUCCUUCGUUGACCAGAACUCCGUCAAGGUUGAGCUUAACGAGGGUGGUGAGCGUGUUGUCAAGGGCAAGCACAUCAUCAUUGCUACCGGCAGUGAAGCCACUCCAUUCCCCGGAUUGACCAUUGACGAGAAGAAGAUCAUCACCAGCACCGGUGCUCUUUCAUUGAAGGAAGUCCCAAAGAAGAUGGUUGUCAUUGGUGGUGGAAUUAUCGGUCUGGAAAUGGCUUCCGUCUGGUCUAGACUUGGCUCUGAAGUCACCGUUGUCGAAUUCCUCGGCCAGAUCGGUGGCCCCGGCAUGGAUGCUGAGAUCUCCAAGCAGGCUCAGAAGCUCCUUGGCAAGCAGGGCAUCAAGUUCAUGACCGGCACCAAGGUUGUCAGCGGCGACGACAGCGGCAGCACCGUUACCCUGAACGUCGAGGCUGCCAAGGGUGGAAAGGAAAAGACCCUCGACGCUGACGUCGUUCUUGUUGCCAUUGGCCGACGACCAUAUACCGCCGGCCUCGGCCUCGAGAACGUCGGCAUCGACAUUGACGACAAGGGCAGACUCGUCAUCGACCAGGAAUACCGAACUAAGUCCGAACACAUCCGUGUUAUUGGUGACUGCACUUUCGGCCCCAUGCUUGCCCACAAGGCUGAGGAAGAAGCCGUUGCUGCCGUUGAAUACAUCACCAAGGGUCACGGCCACGUCAACUACGCUGCCAUCCCAAGCGUCAUGUACACCUACCCCGAAGUCGCCUGGGUUGGCCAGAACGAGGCUGAGGUCAAGGCCUCCGGUACCGAAUACCGUGUCGGAACCUUCCCAUUCAGCGCCAACUCCCGUGCUAAGACCAACCUCGACAGCGAAGGUCAGGUCAAGUUCAUUGCUGACGCAAAGACUGACCGCAUCCUCGGUGUCCACAUCAUCGGCCCCAACGCCGGUGAGAUGAUUGCUGAGGCCACUCUUGCAAUUGAGUAUGGUGCUAGCUCAGAGGACGUUGCCCGAACCUGCCACGCUCACCCAACCCUUGCCGAGGCCUUCAAGGAAGCCGCCAUGGCCACUUACUCCAAGGCCAUCCACUUCUAA